AUGGACGGGCAUGACACAAAAAAAUGGACCCUUGUCACCACUUUCCCUUCACGUGGUAACCCCUUACUCGCAUCCUCCACCUUCCGCACCUGCUCCUCACCUUCACUUCCCAUUUCCAACCACUCACCCACACGUAAAUCCCAUCUUCCCCCUCACCACAAAUCAAUAUCUCCCAAAUCACCACACCAUUGCACCAGGGCAUCAUGGCAGCCUCCACCGCCCCCAAUCACCCAACCUUCACUCACCUUUCAUCCCAUUCUUUUCCCCUUUCCCUUAUCUUCUCCAGCACUACCCUCUUCACCUUCUAAAUCACCUUCGCCAAUCUCCACCAUGGGCCGCCUCCCCUCACUGGAGUUGCGAACCCAGCUCAAGCCACCGUGUAUCGCUUGCUCACUUGCACUAACCCUUCUACCUAGUUCCCAAUCUCCGCCAGUGCCGCGCUGCCAUUGUGAUUCGUAG